AUGAAUGAAACCUCCUAUAUGGAGAGAGACGAGGCUGGCAAAGUUUACGGAUUUCACCAGACAUUCUCGCACUGCUUAUAUUUCCACGACUCAAAAAUGAAACCUGUUCGAAUAUUGUGGUGGAUAAAAAGGUAUGGUAAACUGGAAAUCCUUGAGCUGAACGAUAAAACAAAUUACUCUGGUUUUACCAACACUAUUCAGUUUUGGUAUCAAUAAUUUUUUGAGGUUCUAUUUCAGCUCAGAAAAAAGGUUUGGUCUAGGUAAAUGUUUAUCUUCAUAUAAAAAGAUAAAAAAGAUUUAUAUGGCUCAUAAGUGAAUGUAGUAUUUGUAUUAAAGUUUUUCGAUAUUUAUUUAAUUUUUUUUUACCAAACCCGAAUUGUUGGCGAGCCUUUGGAAGGUAUUGUACAUAAACAAUAACUUUAUUUUUUUAUUAAAGGUACUGCUGAUAUAGUUUCUUAUUUCCCUAUACAUUGUACUUAAUUGCUUUUUACAUUUACAC